UGUGAGAACAUAAUAAAAUUGAUAACUCGUCAUUGACCUCUUUAUUUAAUUGCUCUACAAGUGCGAUAUUUCACUGCAAAACGAAUUAAUUUCUUUAGUUGCACCCACAAAUCAUCCGUCUCAACAUGUACUAAACGUAGAAUAUUGAAACAAAACCAUUCAGAAUGCUACUAAAAACCUUAACGACCCAUAAACAAUGGAGGUUAUGGCGCGUAAACUAUCACACUAUAGGCAACCACACCAACACGCCACCUUCUCUUCGCGGCAGUUACGCUGCAAAACGUGCAAUAAACGCGAAAAUCAAACCGCGCUUCGAUAAGCUGCUGAUUGCUAAUCGCGGUGAAAUCGCGUGUCGAAUAAUAAACACGGCUCGCGCAAUGGGCAUACGAACAGUGGCUGUGUUUUCCGACAUAGAUUCAAAUUCGAAACAUGUCAAAAUGGCGGACGAAUCUAUCCAUAUAGGUGGUCCUAAACCUUCAGACAGCUAUAUGAACAUACAAAGUAUUAUUGAAGCUGCAAAAAUGACAGGAGCUAACGCAAUACAUCCAGGAUACGGAUUUUUAGCAGAAAAUUAUAAAUUUGUUGAAUUAUUAAACCAAAACAAUUUAAUUUUUGUUGGACCAUCUUCAGAUUCCAUAGCAAAAAUGGGCGAUAAAUUAAAAUCCAAACAAGUAGCAAUGGCGGCUGGUAUCAGAACCAUUCCUGGAUUUGAUGGAAUUAUUCAAAAUGUCAACCAUUGUUUAGAAAUAGCUCAAAUUAUAGGUUAUCCUAUAAUGAUCAAAGCAUCAGGGGGUGGCGGUAGAGGCAUGAGGAUAGCUCAUAACGAAGAAGCAAGUGAGGGUUAUGAGUUAGCUGCAGCCGAAGCUCAAAUUGCUUUUGGGGAUAACCGUAUUUUACUAGAAAACAUAACCAAUCCCCGCCAUAUUGAAAUUCAAGUCUUAGGUGACCAACUUGGCAAUGCCAUACAUUUGGGUGAAAGAGAAUGUAGCAUUCAAAGAAGACACCAGAAGAUUAUAGAAGAAGCUCCCAGUAGCUUCCUAGAUGAAUCUACCAGAUCACUUAUGGGUUCGCAAGCAGUGGCGUUAUGAAAAAUCAACUAUCACUCUGCAGGUACCGUGGAGUUAGUUGAUUCCGAGAAAAACUUUUAUUUUCUUGAGAUGAAUACGCGUCUACAAGUUGAACACCCACUGACUGAAUGCAUUACUGGUAUUGACCUUGUGGAAGCAAUGUUAUUGGUAGCUCAAGGUCAACCACUACCAGUCUCUCAAAAUGAUAUCUCCUUCAAAGGAUGGGCUAUCGAAACAAGAAUCUAUGCAGAAGAUCCUUUUAAAAAUUUUGGCACUCCUUCAACAGGAAGAAUUUACAAAUAUGUAGAACCAACGAAUGUGCGAUGUGACAGUGGUGUGCUGGAAGGAGAUCUUAUCAGCAUUUACUACGAUCCGCUUAUAGCAAAAGUAAUUUCCCAUGACGUGGAUAGAAAGAGUACAAUACAAAAAACAAUCAACGCGUUGGAUUCGUACAUUCUCAGAGGAGUAACGCAUAAUAUUCCUCUCUUAAGGGAUGUCCUCACAAGGGAAGACUUUCAGAGUGGUGAAAUUAACACCGAGUACCUUAAUCGGACCUAUGGUCAAGACGGGAGAAAAUUCACAAGGUAUAAUUUGACUUUGGAAGAGAAACAAGCUUUAAUUGCUAAUGGUGUUGCAAUGUUUGCCAAAGAAGAGGUUAGGAGAAGAUUUCAUCUAGGACCAAUGAGAACAGAUAGUGAAUCUGUUGAGGUAGUGAUUGAAUUGCCUGGUGGGAAUGACCAAAAUAGAAAUCAAUAUCAUGUGUUAAUUAGAAACAUUGAAAAAAUCAAAAACACGGAAGAAUUUAGUCUUGAACUAAAAAUUGAUGAUAAUGAUUGGUUUGGGUAUAAUAUAUCUUCACAAGGAUUAAUUAUUAAUAAUCCUACAGAAAUUGUGAUGCAAUUUGCUUACAAGAAACCAGACGGAGUUGGAAUUAUAUUUAAAGGAGCUCCAUAUGACCUUAAGAUACUACCGAAGGUAGCUCAUGAUUUAAUGCAAUACGUAACCACAAAAUCAACUCAUUCUAUUUCAAAAGAAGUCAGAGCUCCAAUGCCUGGAUUAAUGAAGAACAUUUUAUGUAAAGAAGGACAAGUUGUUCAUGACGGUGAAGUUCUAUGCGUUAUAGAAGCAAUGAAGAUGCAGAACUCCAUGAACGCUUCUACAGCUGGAAGAAUUAAAAAAAUCAAUUUUUCCAUUGGUGAUCGAAUUGCUGAAGAUGAUGUCCUCAUUGAAAUUGAAUGAUUAUUUCAUUUAUUUUCGAAAGUGUUAGGGUCAUCGGCUCUCGUGCCGGUUUAAUCGCCAAGACCAAUAUUGCCGCGGCAGAUUAGUAUGAUCGCGCUCUCGCGCAUGAAACUAUCAAAUUCAAUUGGCCGAAAUAAUUGUUAUACCUAUCCCAGGUCCCGGAUUAUGACCGCGGUCGGGAAUGUAUCACGCGAUUAUAUGCGUAGCACAUCACGACGCAGAUAGCAACAUAACCUCAAUCGUGCAAGGGUACAUUCAGGUGAGAUUUGCAAUUUAAUAACAAUGAACAAUUAGAGUUUAUCUGCAAAGCUUAUCACAUGUGGCAAUUAUGUUAGAAUAUAAGAAUUGUAUUAGUAAUAGUUUGUUUUUAAUUACUUUUAAUUAAAAUUUAAAUUAAUAUUAUAUACUAGCUUUUGCCCGCGACUUCGUCCCGGUACUGCUUAAUAAAAAUGUAAUUCGUUUUCA